CUCUAUUUUGCAACAUUCCUGACAAAUCUCACCCGCUGCGCAGCCGGCCAUCGCUGUCGCGUUCUACAAAGGACAUGCACGCCGGCCAAGGCGCGCGUCCCCUGUAUCCACUGCAUCAACAAUUCAAACGGCCCACAACUUUGUGGGCUAGACCGAGGACCAGAUGGCCUCGGGAAGAUCUCGUACACCGAAGCCAAAGUAUCAAGCCAAGGGGGAACAAUUAAUCUCACUCAGUAAACUAUGGCGUGUGCGCACGUGCUCUCGGCAGACGAUUCACACAUGACAGACAUAUCCUCAGCUUGCGUCCCGUUCAAUCUUGCUUGGGUCCUUUGACUCUCAACCGACGCCAUGGCAUCUGAUGAUCCCAAGCGGUCCAAGGAAGGCACAACAGCCCCAGGAUCGACCGGAAGCUCCUCUCCAGAGCAGCAGAAUCAACCUGCGAAUGACGGAAAACACACAUCUCCUGCAACCCCCGUUGAGGGGAGUUUUCCCAAUGCGAAUGCACCGAGAUCCGAUUGGCCUCUUCCUUCAACUCACGAGUAUGAGCCCUGGACAAAGAACAAAAAUAGCAGCUCCCCUGGCAAGGGCGAGGCAGCGGAUAACUUCACGAUACCUUCGAUCGUCACCCUUACUGGACGUCCAUCCCCAUGGCCCAGUGCCCCAAAUCGUGUUGACGAGAGAUGCGUAAUAUAUUGUACGCAGACCGCUGCUCGUCGUGUGGCUGGUGAACCGCCCAUUUGCAAAACUUGGUGCUACAGGCGUCUCUUCCCGCAUGACUAUAGUCCGGUCGGGCAGAGCGCACGAGUGAAACCCGACGGCAAUUCUGGGCGGGUGGGUGAUGCAUCAGGAUAUUCGGAGCGGCCGCAAAAGCCAUUCGCAUUUGACGGGAAAUACGUGUAUUUUGGUCGCAGUCGUUACCGCGCUCGCAAUCGUAUGUACAGUAUGUCGGGUACUGGUUUACCGAGAGAUCCUUCUCUUGAAGAGAUGGCAAAUGACAGCGUCCGGGGUGACAGGCAAGGAUCCUGCAACAAUGGAUCGUCUAAGACAAUACUAUCACUCUGCUCAAAUACACCUUGGUCCUCUGCCCUCCGAAUUUCGAAGCGCUCUCAAGGAACGAGUUGAGAUGCUGAUCGAGCCCAUUGUACGGGUUACCACGCGUUAUGCGAAGUCCUUUGAGGCUGGUGGUGCACAGGAACGCUUUUCUGGCCAACUUUGGGAAAAGAUGAAGAAUGGAGAUACCCUCGAUAUUGCCAAGAGGGUCGGAAAUAAGCUUUGGGAGAAUUUCUGGGACAACGGGAAGGGUCCAAGUAGUUCGAAAGGAGGAGCAAACCCUCCUUGACGCAAUAUUAGUUAAUAGCAACCUACUCUAGGAUCCUAGACUUGGAGAUACACACUGUGCCUC